CUCAUCCUCUGCCUCAUCCUCAUCCUCUGCCUCUGCCUCUGCCUCUGCCUCAUCCUCAUCCUCAUCCUCCGCCUCUGCCUCUGCCUCCUCCGCCUCCGCCCGCCUCCCCAGCGCGGCCCGAUGGUGGCGGCGGUGGCGAGGCGCGAUGAGCCGCCCGUCCUCCGCCGGCCCCGGCCCUAGCAAGCCUUGCGGAAAGCAGCAGCAGCACGCCCCGUCCCCCGCCGCCGUCCUGCCGGGGACCGGCGGGGCUUCUCCGCCGCCUCCCCCUCCUCCUCCUCUUCCUCCCCCCCAGCAGCAGCAACAGCAGCAGGAGCUGACCUCGCUCUUCGAGUGCCCCAUCUGCUUCGACUAUAUCCUGCCGCCCAUCCUGCAGUGCCAGGCCGGGCACCUGGUGUGCAAGCAAUGCCGGCAGCAGCUGAGCCUCUGCCCCACCUGCCGGGGCUCCCUCACCCCCAACAUCAGGAACCUGGCCAUGGAGAAGGUGGCCUCGGCCGUCCUCUUCCCGUGCAAGUAUGCCACAACAGGCUGCUCCCUGACACUCCACCACACAGAAAAGCCAAAACAUGAAGCCAUCUGUGAGUACCGUCCCUACUCCUGCCCGUGCCCUGGUACCUCUUGUGACUGGGAGGGGUCCUUGGAAGCCGUGAUGUCCCACCUCAUGCAUGCCCACAAAAGCAUUACCACCCUUCAGGGAGAAGACAUCAUUUUCCUUGCCACAGACAUUAACCUGCCAGGGGCAGUGGACUGGGUGAUGAUGCAGUCAUGCUUUGGUCACCACUUCAUGCUGGUGCUGAAGAAACAGGAGAAGUGUGAAGGUCACCAGCAGUUUUUUGCCACCGUGCUGCUCAUCGGCACCCGUAAGCAGGCAGAGAACUUUCAGUACAGACUGGAGCUGCACAGCAGCUGCCACCGGCUGACCUGGGAGGCUUCUCCCUGCUCCAUCCACGACGGUGUGUCCGUGGCCAUCCGCAACAGCAACUGCCUCAUUUUUGAUACAGCUACUGCACACCUUUUUGCUGACAACGGAAACCUCGGCAUCAACGUGACAAUUUCCAUGUGUUGCCCGUGAUGCACUGCUAGCGAGACUCGAGCUGUCUGGACGUAGUGCUUCACUGGGGUUUGGUUUUGGUUCCUAUUUUUUAUGCUGUUCAACUAUGUCAUCUUGUAUGCUAAGGUUUCUGACUAGCCAACAGUUGUAACUUUGGGCAGAAGAGGAACAAGAGUGUGCUGUAAGUAACGUGAGUAGGACAAGGUCUUUUAAAAUUCUUGGGUGCCUUAGGAAGAUUACACACACACAGUUACCUUUUAUAAUUUAAUUAUAUUUUAUGUAAAGAGUGCUUCCAUUGAUAUGUGGCUUAAGAGGCUCCUGUUUGGAGCACACCUAAAAGCCCUUUCAUCAGCAGUACAGACUCCCUCUGAUGCUGGUGAGCCUUUAAUAAAAGGCUUUAGUAUCACAAGAGGGUUUGGUUUGGAAGAGACUGUCAUCUAUUCCAAUUCUCCUGCCAUGGACAGGGACACCUUCCACUGUCCCAGGCUGCUCCAGCCCUGGUGUCCAGCCUGGCCUUGGGCACUGCCAGGGAUCCAGGGGCAGCCACAGCUGCUCUGGGCACCCUGUGCCAGGGCCUGCCCACCCUCCCAGGGAACAAUUCCUUCCCGAUAUCCCAUCUCGCCCUAUCCACUGGCAGUGGGAAGCCAGUCCCCCUUGUCCUGUCAGUCCAGGCCCUUGUCCAAAGUCCCUCUCCAGCUCUCUUGUAGCACCUUUAGGCCCUGGAAGGGACUCUAAGUUCUCAUGAUUUGCCCUUAGUGAAGCCAUGUUGGCUAUCACCAAUCACCUCCUUAUUUUCCAUGUGCCUUAGCAUAAUAUCCAGGAGCAUCUGCUCCAAGCUCUUUCCAGGCACUGAUGUGAGACCUGACCUCCUGUAGUUCUCUGGAUCUUCCUUAUUCCUCUUUCUAAAAAAAGAGGGUUAUGUUUUCCCUUUUGGAGUCAGUGGGAACUCCUCUGGACUGCCACAACUUCUCAAACACGAUGGAUGAUAUUGGCCAAGCCACUUCCUCCACCAGUCCCUCUGAACCAGUGGGUGCAUUUCAUCAGGUCCCAUGGACUUGGUCACCUUUAGGUCCCUUCGACCUCCCCGACCCCAGUCCUCUCCUGCUGCAGGCAGUUCUUUGCUCUCCCACUCUCUGCCUUUGCCUCCUGCGACUUGGGCAGAGUGGCUGGAGCAGCUUGCCACGAAGGCUGAAUCAGAAAUAUGACUGAGUACCUCAGCCCUCUCCACGGCCCAGGGAACUGGUGUUCCGUUCCCUUCCACAGAGGGUCCACAUUCUCCCAGGUCUUCCUUUUAUCACCAGUGUACCUAUAGAGGUUGCUUUGCUUGUUGCCCUUGAUGCCCCUGGCCAGAUUUAAUUCUUUCAGGCUUUAACAAUUCUAACCUGACCCCUGGCUGUUCACAGUCCUCCCUGGCUGCCUGUCCUUUCAUAGUAGGUGAGAAAGGAAGGAAAUCCAAGCAACCUCUCACAGGAGAAGCUGUGGGGGGAACAGUAGGUACUUCAGCAGUGUUCUUCCAUUCCCUGCUACGUUAUGGAAGGGAAGGGCACUGGGUCAGCUGUGGUGGCUUCAACAGGAAAAAGGAGAGAAGGGGCUGGGGUAUGGCAUGGUACAUUACACCAUGUGUAAUGUGUGGAAUUGCUGGCUCCUGUCUGCUUUAGGGGGAUCGGGCCAGGUACAGGUGCAAGCAGGAGGCACAAGUCUCACAGACUGCAGAUGGCUGGAGCCAGUGACACAAGGUUGUCCACGUGCAGCUGCCCUGGGACACACUCUACUAUUGAUCAUUGUAAAAGAUUCAUAAUAUAGCAAGAGCUUUAUGGCCAGUGUCUUGUCAUUUGGUAUUUAAGUUUUGUUGCCAUAUUUCUUUUAUUUUGCAAUAAAUAUUUUGCAAAACCUACACUGAGGAGCUGUGCUAACACACGAGUGCGCGGCAGCUGCUCCGUGGUUACGCUGUGUGCUCGGCCGUGCGGCAUCAGCUGGGAUCCCCUGGCAUGGGCUGGCUCUCCCUGGAGGGGUCCUUGCCCCUGCCACCUCCCAGCCACCAUGCUGUCACAACUGACUCUGCCUGCAACUCUGCCACGGGAACGUUCUGCUUGAAUCAUGACAGCAAACAGAGCUCCCCAUAGGCUGUGCCAGAUCUCGUCCGUGCGCUGUUCGGAGCAGGC